CUCUUUGUGUCUAGCAGUCAAGUUUUGAGUGAUAGCUUGAAAUUUGAAGUAUGACAAACAUCAGACAACUCUGAAGUCUAUGCAACUUAAUUUUCAUUUCCAAUAUUUUGAUUAAGCAUUCGGAAUGAGAACUUAGCUGAUAUAAAAUAAAAAUAAAAAACAUUAUUUAAUACAUAACAUAAAAAUAACGUAAUUUUUAAAAUGGUGCUUUACUUUACAAGUGAUGUUGUCUCUCCACCUGUCACUCUUUUUAUGGGUGCCGACAAACAUGAAAAUGAAGAUUUAAUAAAAUGGGGAUGGCCAGAAGAUGUGUGGUUCCAUGUUGAUAAAGUGUCAUCUGCACAUGUGUAUCUUCGAUUAGCACCUGGCCAAACUAUUGACGAUAUUCCUAAUUCUGUACUGGAUGAUGCAUGUCAAUUAGUAAAAGCCAAUUCAAUAAUGGGUAAUAAAAUGAACGAUAUUGACAUUGUUUAUACUAUGUGGGCAAACUUAAAGAAGACUCCAAGCAUGGAGGUAGGACAAGUUGCUUUCCAUAAAGAUAAAGAAGUAAGAAAAGUCAGAGUUGUAAAAAGAAUAAAUGAAAUUGUCAAUAGGCUUAAUAAAACUAAGAGAGAAGCAUUUCCGGAUUUGAGGCUAGAAAGAGAAACUAGAGAUAGACUAGAAAGAGAAGAUAAAAAGAAAAUACUGAGAGACAAGAAAGAAAAAGAAAAAGAAGAAGAAAAGCGAAAAAAAGAGGAAGCUGAAUUAAGAAGCUACGCAACAUUAAUGAAAAAAGAAAAUAUGUCUACAAAUUAUGAUGGCAAUGAUUCCGAUGACUUUAUGUAAACACCCCACUCUAAAUAUAUAUAGCAAACUGAA